AAUCAGUUCAAGCAGGCUCAGCUCCGAGAUCAAGUUAUCAAUAUGGGGAAGGUGCUGUUGUUCUGUGUAACGGGCAAAGCUAUUCAGAGAGGCGCCAGUCUAAGGUGAGGCAGUAGAUCCGACAACGUGAUCUGGCCAAAUCCUCCUCCUCAACGCGUAACUGCGGCGAGACACUUUGAUUCCUCGUCAUCUGCUUUGUGUGAGGGCGUCGAUUUGCCAAAUUCUUGCCAAUGGCUUCGUCCAAGGCUGCCUUGAAGGCGGUCAAAGCCUCUCUGGACGCCAGCCAGUUUGCCAAAGCCGCCGAGCAAGCCGAAGAUUUGCUCAAACAAGAUGACAAGAACUACACUGCCUCCCUCUUCCUCGGAUUCGCAAGAGAGAAGCUUGGAGAUUUGGAGGCUGCGGAGAAAGCCCUGCACAAAGCCGCCUCCGUCAAACCCGACGACGUCCAAGCUUACAAGGGGCUAGUGACGCUGUACGACAAGCAAGGGAAAGCCAAAUUGAACCAAUAUCAUGAUGUGGCAUUCAAGUUGGCAGAGAUAUACGCCGGGCAAGAUGACAAAGGACAAUGCCAGAACGUUAUUGACAAAUAUGAGCUGUUUGCAAAGAAGCAUGGCAGCCGAUCACAGUACCGUCGGGCUCUCGAGCUCAUUCUACCGACCUCAAGCCUCUACUCUACACUCGAAGGCCGUGUGUUGCAACCGAGCCUGGCUUACCAACGCAUUCUGGAGUCGGCAGAAGCUGAAGAGAGGGAAUGGGUCAACACGCAGAUUGGUGAGAGAAGAACGCGUCUCGGCGCAAAGAUUGAGCAGGUGACUCGACAAGUUAAAUGCGAGGCCAUAAGCAGAUUUCAAAUCGAGGAAAAGUACGCUGCUCUCAUUGAUUGGACAAGGGACGACGAUACCCGCCACGAUCUCGAACAGAAACUGUUCCAACGCAUGUUCGACAACUUGCUUGUCCUGCCCCAGGAAUCUAAGCCGGACCAACGGGACAAGGUCUUGAAUAUGGCGAACGGCAUGGUCAUCAUCAAACACCCCUUUCUCCUGGCUUGGAAAGUCGCCCUUGAGUGGGUUGAUGCCGAAGAGCUGCAAGAAUGGGAUGUCAACAUCUUUCGCGAGUUUGUGGGCUUUUUCCCUGAGGACGGCCUGAGCAAGGUUCUCCAAGGCUUUCUCGACAGCGACGCCUCGCCAUUUCCGCACCUACCAGUUGAAGAGAAGGAGGGAGAAGAGACACCCCAGAAGCUGAGUGAAGCAGAGCAGCUCAUUUUAAUGAAUCAAGGCCUUGAGAGUUGUCCGGAGUCGUUGCUUGGGCAUCGAAUCAUGGCGCAUGUCUACCUCCGCUUGAAAGAAUGGGAAAGCACCGUCGAUAUUGCACGGAAGGCUCAGAAAUUGCACUUGGACGCUCAGCGACGCUAUGCUAUAGACCUGCAAAACAGCCUCGACGGUGUCAACCUCAUCCUUGCAAAUGCUUUGAUCACAUUUCAGUCACCGCGACAUCAUCCCGAAGCCAAAGCACUGUUCCAAGACAUUCUCUGGCGAAAGCCCAAGCUUACUGCUGCUUUGCUGGGUGUGGGGUUGAUAUACGAAGACGACGAGGACUAUGCGGAAGCAGUCAAGUUCUUCCACCAAGCGGCUGAACGCGAUCCAGAUAAUGCCAGGAUCAAGAUCGAGCUUGCAUGGUGCCGUGCGCACAAUGGACAACUUCGCGACGGCCUGGAAGAGCUCCAGGAGGUGCUAUCAGCUAUCGAAUCGGAAAGGCAGCAGAACUUGAGCAUGAAAUCCGUCACGCUCUACCGCAUCGCGUACUGUUACUGGCACAUUGAGACUUCCGCGGCCGCUCGAAAAGACAAGUCUGGGCCAUACCAGUUCCUCAUCGCCUCCAUCAAAGCCGACCCCAGUUACGCACCCGCAUACACCCUCUUGGGGAUCUACUUCCAAGACUACGGCAGAAGCAAAGCACGAGCCCGGGUCGCCUUGCAAAAGGCGUUUGAGCUCUCCACCUCGGAGCUCGAAGCUGCGCACCGCCUCGCAAAGACCUUUGCCGACAACUCAGAAUGGGAUCUCGUGGAACUGGUCGCCCAACGCGUCGUGACGUCGGGAAAAGCCAGGCCGGCGCCGGGUUCAAAGAAGAAAGCGCACAGUUGGCCCUUCACGGCGCUGGGCGUUGUGCAGAUGAACAAACAGCAUUACGCGCAAGCGAUCGUGUCCUUCCAGCAUGCGCUGAGGAUCGCGCCUGACGACUACCACUCCUGGGUGGGACUCGGCGAGAGCUAUCACAACGCAGGACGACACGUCGCUGCUACGAGAGCGUUUGCCAAAGCCGCGAGCAUUGACCACGGCUUGUCGCCCGAGGAGACCUGGUUCGCCAAGUACAUGCUUGCCAAUGUCCAACGAGAGAUGGGCUCCUUUGACGAGGCCAUCGCCGCAUAUAGAGAGAUCCUUGUGCUGAAGCCGAAAGAGUUUGGGGUGCUCAUCGCCUUGCUCCAGACGUUUUCCGAGAGUGCUUGGGCAAAGGUUGCGCUGGGCAUGUUUGGCGAGGCGGCGAAACUUGCCUCGUCUGCCAUUGAGCUGGCGAGCCAGAUCGCAGAGCAAGGCACGGACGUGUUCAACUUGUGGAAAACCGUCGGCGAUGCGUGCUCUGUUCUGGGGCAUGUCAAACUAUACACGGACUCAGUAAACGUUCAGGCGGUGGCCGAUCUGCUGCAGAUCUCGCUUCACGACGAACUCAACACUCUCGCAGAAACCGACAAGGUCGAACUUAGAUUCCUCACGGUCGCUGCCGACUCUCCAACUCCUACGGACAAAGCGGACAGGUAUCUCGUGGCCGCGAUCCUGGCGCAGAAACGCGCCGUCUAUGCUUCCUCGUCCGACCAACUCGCCCAAGCCGUUUCGUGGUACAACCUCGGCUGGGCAGAGCAUCAAGCGUACGUUUCCGGCGGCGCCUCCCUCAGACUACAAGGCAAGAGACCUCGCAGACUGCUCAGGGCGUCGAUGACGUGCUUCAAGCGGGCCAUUGAGCUGGAAGCCGGCAACUCCGACUUCUGGAACGCACUGGGCGUGGUGACUAUGACGCUGAGCCCCAAAGUCUCGCAGCAUUCGUUUGUGAGAAGUCUGCACUUGAACGAGAACAAUGCUUGGACGUGGACGAAUCUUGGAGUACUCUAUCUACUGAGCAACGAUACCCAGCUCGCAGGUGAAGCUUUCACGCGCGCGCAAUCGGAGGAUCCGGAAUAUGCAGAGGCAUGGAUCGGGCAGGGAUUCCUGGCCAUGUUGUUCGGAAGCCUGAAUGAAGCUAGGGGACUGUUCAUGCAUGCGUUCGAGAUUGCGGACUCUUAUGUCCUCCCUGCGAAACGCCACUUUGCGCUGUCGGCGUUUGACCAUUUGCUCAAGGACCCUUCUCGGUCCCAGGAGGUCACUGCGUUGUUGAGGCCGCUCUUCGCCUUGCGCCAAUUUCAUGCGCUGGAGCCCGGUGAUAUGAUCGCGAGUCACCUCUUGGCGCUAUUUGCGGAACGGGUUGACGAUCAUUCUACGAGCGUCGAGGUGUUGCAGCAAGUCUGCGACGCUGCGGAAGCCGAAUACGAAAAGUCCGAGUCGGACGAGUACCUGGUCAGGUAUGCGCAGGCGAAAGCCGAUCUAGCCCGUGCACAGCUUGCAUCUGGCGAGUUCGAAGAAGCAGUCUCGAAUGCGGAGACGGCGCUCGAUCUUUCUGGUGAACCCGGUGAUCUUGGCCCGGCAUAUGCGGAAGCUCGCCGGAAAUGGCGACUUUCAGCACACCUUACGGCAGGCCUUGCACACAGUCACUUGAAGCAGAUUGAGAGCUCGAUUAAAAUGUUUGAAGUGGCGCUGCAGGAAUCCGAUCGGGAACCAGACGUGGUCUGCAUGCUGGCCCAGGUCCUGUGGGCAAAGGGUGGCGCGGAGGAGAAGGAGGCGGCCAGAUCGCAGCUGUUUGAUGUGAUUGAGAACCAUCCGGAACAUGUCCAGGCCGUCGCUUUGCUCGCGGUCACUGGCCUGUUGGACAACGAUGAAGAUGUGCUGGAAGCUGUAGAGGAAGAUCUAAAGGCAUUGAGGCGUGGAGACCAGAUCGGAGUGCUGGACAAGAUCCGCGUCAGUAGAGUCCUGGCUGGUAUCGUUGGGUGUCGGCCUCGGAAAACCUCCACUGGCCAAGUGGACGAGGUUGCGGUGGUUGCAGAUGCUCUUAACGGAAUCAUGCUUGCACCAGGUCAACCGCAAGGCUGGCUUGAACUCGCACAGGCCGUGGGGAACGAGGACGACGGUGCUUACGCUGCCGAGAUGGCGGUGCUCAAUGCUGAGAGACAGAUCCCACCGGGUGGCAAUCUUACCGCGGAGGAAUUAGCAAGGGCGUAUGAAGGGACGGGCAGGGCGGAGGAUUUUCUUAAAGCGAAGAUGCUUGCGCCGUGGAGACUGGAUCUUGCUGCCUAAGCUGCUGGAGAGAGGCCAGAACUUUCUUAUGAUUGUGUUUCAAGGUCCGGAUCGCGAUCUGCUGGGACCGAUGAUCUGGUUGAGAGCGUAAGAGACGGCAUUCUCUUG